UCUAAAUGCAUCUGUUUGGAAAUGUUUCUUACAGUGUACCUCACUAACAAUGAACAACACUUCACAGAAGUACCAGUCACUCCAGAAACUACUUGCAAAGAUAUAGUAGAUUUAUGCAAAGAGCCUGGUGAGACUGAAUGUCACCUGGCUGAAGUAUGGUGUGGGUCAGAACGCCCUGUAGCUGAUAACGAGCGUAUGUUGGAUCUUCUGCAGCGCUAUGGAGUCCAAAGAAAUGAGGUUCGCUUUUUUCUUCGCCAUGAACGACCUCCUACUCGAGAAACUGGGAGUGGGCCACGGAUGCAAGAUCCAAGUUUAAAGAGAAAUGGCAUUAAAAUGCCAGGUGAAAGGAGAAUGGAGAAUGGAGUAAGUAUUUUCAGUUAGUACUCUCAAAUAAAUCUAAGCACAUAAUUUAUUCUAGUAAGUUUACAGAGGUCUUAUUUUCAGAACAUUUCACACAGUGUU